AGGCAGGAGGGCUCAAAGCUUGUGCAAGGGAGUUCUUCGCUUUUCAUGCAUGGCGAACGCAGUGUCGGAAGAUGCCGAGAAGCCUGUCACAGUGGUUGACAGUGCGGAGACUUCGAUCGGGAUUCUCUCUUGGAUGGCAUGCUCAAUUGGCAUGCUGCUGUGCAACAAGAACGCGAUUCAUGCCUUCCCCGUGCCGUGCACCCUUGUUGGCAUUCAAUUUCUAUUCACCGCACUCGUAAUGGUCGUGGUUGCUGGGAAAUCCAUCCACGUGGGAUCCAGGAAAGAUGUGCUCCGUUGGUGCCGUGUAAUUCCCUUCUUCUCUGGUAUGAUUCUGAGCUCGAUUCUGGCCUUGAAGGAUGCGCCAAUGACGCUUGUUAUCACUAUGCGGGCGCUAUCUCCGAUAACGUCCCUUCCUAUAGAGAUGUGCUUUCCAAAUCCCAUUAAACUGUCUGGUCCAAUGAUACUUUCCUUGGUGGCUAGCCUAGUCGGGAUGGGCAUCUACAUCUCCACAAUGGAUUUUAAUGCGGGAAACCUGGGAGGCAUUGGAUGGACAUUGGCGAAUAACUUAUUCGCUGUCGUUGACCGGCUUUUGCAACGGCUAAUGUUAGCAAAUGACCAAGACCCAGUUGAUAUGUCAAAGACAGGGGUCACGCUCUUGAACAAUAUUUUGGGAGUCAUACCGCUAGUGCUCGCUGGUCUGUUCGCGGGCGAGUUCUCUGCAGUGCCGGAGGCUGUUGGAAACCUGGAUUCAGUCAAGCUCUUCUGGGUGAUCAGCAGUUGCUUUGUCGGAGCUGGUAUAAGCUACACUGGCGUAUGGGUAGCCUCGCUCAUCAGUGCCACGAGUUUCCUCGUGCUUAUUAAUGCCAACAAAUUCUUCAUCAUUUUCCUGGAGGUGUUUGUCAUGAAGUCAAAAGAGCUCUCCACCAUGCAGAUAAUUGGAGCCACCAUUUCAAUACUGGCGGGCAUCGCGUAUGGGAAGGCGCGAGAUGCAGUUCAGGCUGCCGAGAAGGAAGAGGUCACGGACGAUACCGAGACGGGUUCAGGUGACACAGCCAAUACAGGCGAAUCAGUACCAUUGAAGGAUGACCGUUAACGCGCAGUAUCCGUUGUGUCUCUGGCCUGUCCCGAUGGCAGGGGCAGUAGGGAGGGGAAAGCACCGGCGUUGAGCAGAGCUUUGAAUUCGUUAAUGCCCUCGCUCUGGGCUAGUGUAGUGGGGCUGCUGGCGCUUUCGCGCCUGCUGAAGGUAGAGACUGAAGCGCAAGCUGUAGCGUAAUGUUUUGAGACUUGUCUUCACAACCCGCUCCUUUCUAUCCGAUGUAUGCGACCCCUCUUCCAUUCUUGCCCAAGUGCAAGCAAGCUGGCUCACAGCGCCUAUCCUUUCAUGCCAUGCUCUUCCAAAUAGGGACACGAUGGUUUCUGAGCCGACGCUGCAUGCCUCCCUCCAUUUGUUCUCCCGCAUCCUCCAUUUCCCCCCCCAUUCCUCAUUCUCCUGCUCCUCCUGUCUUUCUCCUUGCCCUCCCCUCCUGCAGAGGCGUGCUCUGUAUUUGCAGUGCAACACUAUGCAUCGCUCACACAUUCUGGAGCCAGGCUGGCUUCGGAAGACAGGCAGCAGCGAGAGACGUCGCAACGAGACUAAAUCUUCACACCUUACAUUCUGCCUCGGGCCUCACUUGUUUCUUCAUCAGGUUCGUCGAUUCACGAAAGGCUCAUUUUCAUCUCUUCGUCGGAUGGACAGAAGCGGAUCUUUUAUGACUGCCUUGUUUUUCGUUGCUUUCGUCAUGAAUGACAAGCCGUCCUUGAUUGUCUCUCCGAAGCGCUGGACAAUGCAGUGGCACAACUCGUUGUACACGUCCUGGUGCUCCUGAAGGCGGCGGUCCUUGGCGGACCUGAGGAUCUUUCCCACGAUAACCUGCUCGGACGAGAGUGCAAUGCCACUGUUUGGGGCCUUGCCUGGCAUCAUGGUAGCGUGCCAGUAGCUGGGCUCCUCAUUGGCCAGCUUGUCGACAGCCUCAUUCGCGGUCUCUGGCUUCACGGGGCUGUACUCGACCGGCUCGAUUAGGGCGUUGAUUGUUUUCUUAGCCGUCUUGGGCACACCUCCGAACACCGCAGUAUCCUUCAACUCCACGUAGUCACCGAACAUGUGCUCGAGCUCAUUCAUGAUGAGGUUUGCCUCGUCGAUUUGGGCUGCUGGUCCGUUCACCUGCACACGCCAGACAGUGAGCGUCACGGUCCGGGCAGCUGCCGGCACCUCGUUCCACCUUGAAGUGCACCAUGGUUGCUGCGGACGAUCUGGCUUGCUCGAGCCUGGUGGGCUGCAAAAAGAUUCACACAUGAUGGACGGCAAGGAACUCAACACGGC